AUGGAAGCGCCAAAAGACGUAACCACCGAGUGCAUGGUUGAGGGAAGGCGUCCUAGCGUUGCGAGAGCAACCAGCCUGCCGAGCAGCAGCACCAGUGCUGGUGUUGCGUCUGGCAUGCUCUCGUCAUGCAGCGCCGACGGCUUCAGCAAUCGUCCGCCUCUACCUCGGGCAUGCUCCGAGAGCGUCGCUGCUGGCGUCCUCGAGCGUCGGAGGCGUAAGGCGCUCUCGGAGAAUGGAGCCGCACCGCUGAGCUUGGUGCUCGACUUUGACGGCCUCUCGUCCAAGGUCGUGCUCGCCGACGUCUCGCUCAUGAAGGCCGCGCGACGAGCCGCAGCGGAACCCCGCGAGUGGGACUGGGGCUUCGGCAAUGCGUCCAGCAGCAAGAACACAGGGUCCAAAGCUUCAAGCCUCCAGUCGAGCGCCAACCACCGGUCAAGACGGAUGGAUCACUACUUUGUCGAUCCGCAAGAGGAAGCCACGCUGCUGCGGGCACGCGCCCGGCUUUACGGAGAUCAGGAGGACCGCGGUUCGUGCGGGUCCGAAUACGCCGCGGAGCCGGUUCGCUACCGCGUCGAGUGCGAGUGGGACUGGGCACUUGGCGGCCGUUGCCGCGUCCCCACCGAGUUCUACUGUGCUCGGGCAUCGGUGCCGCGGCGGAUCGCUAGGGCUUACCUUCCGCGGGACGAAGUCGUCGAGUCGAGCCGAAAGUCUAGGCAUAACGUGUCGGAGCAGGAGGUCGAGGCUCGCUCGGAUCUCCACCAACGGCAGGUGACCGACCAGCUGUCGCUGCACACAGCCGGCGACGACCACCGGCAUUCGAGGUCGCGACAGAAAGCGGCGAGAUCGCAGGCGCACCGGCUCCAUCAUCGGCACAAGGCAAGCCUGCAGAUCCUGACGGGGCUCGAUAUGCCGAGCGCCCUGCACGGCGAGGACGACAAGACCGCGACGCCGUCCUCGAGCAAGGCGCUCUCCCCCUUUGAGGGCGCCCGCGAGCAUGCCCUGGGCUGCGCAAGGUCGAGGAGCGUGGAGCGGUAUCGCAGCGCCAACUAG